AAGAGGGUCAUUAAUAUACCCCGUCCAACCCAUGCUAGCAUGGAAAACGGACGUUAAGCCGAGAAUGAUGAUGAUGAUGAUGACGUCUUUUAUUUUUUUAUCGACAGAAAAAGACUUGAUUGUGUUGUGUUUUUAAAUUAUGGUGAUUUAGUAGCUAAACGUAAAUAUCAAAGUCUAAAAAAAUAGGAAAUUUUGGGGAUUAUCUUAAAAUUCUCUUAGGGUUUGAGAUUUUAAGGGUCAUUUUUGUGUCAAAAAUGUUUUUAUAAUAAAAAUAAUGUAUUAUAGUGAUGUAAUUUUUUUCUCUCAACAUUUGUUUAAAUUAGAGUUCCUUUUUUAAUAAAGAUGUAAUAAAGACGCAUGUAUAUGUUCAUUUGUGUUGUUAGACAUUUUUUUCGUCUAGGCUUUUAUUCAGGGUCUGCUACUAAAUAAAAUGGAUCUCAUAUAUAGUGAAGUUUUAGAAGAAACUGCUGACUCAGUCGAAGCUGUACCAGGUCAGGAUUAUUUUACAUGUGGCACUUACCAGUUAUUAGAACGAACCAAUGAAACAUGUCCUGCAAAAAGAUGUGGAUCACUAAUUUUGUAUAAACUGGAUGGUAGUAAUGUCACAAGAUUAAAAAAUAUAUCUAUGAAUGCAAUAUUAGAUAUGAAGUGGCAUUCUGCACAGCAUCCCACUUUAACUGUUGCUGAUUCUUGCGGAAACGCUUUGUACUAUACGUUUAAAAACGAAAGACUAGAAAAAGCAGCAGUGAUUUCCAUAAAUGCAGAAUCCUUAUGUUUAUCAGUUGAUUGGUGCAAAAGUGAUUCUCCUGAUAAUGCUAUUUAUAGUUUGUCUUCGGGUGAACUCAGUUUGGUAAAGUAUGCUGAGUCAGCACCUGUUAUAAUUAACUCAUGGAAAGCACAUUCACUUGAAGCUUGGAUUGUAGCAGCAGAUUAUGAGAAUAUGAAUUUGUUUUACAGUGGUGCUGAUGAUUGUCUGUUAAAGGUUUGGGAUACAAGAGCAAGUGUUGACAAACCUUGUGCUGUUAGUAAGCAUCAUAUGAUGGGUGUGUGUAGUUUGCAGGCUUCCAAAUAUCACCCACACCUCUUUUGUUCUGGAAGUUACGACGAAACUGUUGUGAUUUGGGAUAACCGAAAUAUGCGUCAACCACUAUCUAUAACAGAAACUGGUGGCGGGGUAUGGCGGUUGAAGUGGCAUCCACAUAGUGACAGUAUAUUACUAGCAGCUUGCAUGCAUAAUGGAUUUAAAAUAAUUACCUACUCUGACAGCUUUUCAAAGUCUGAAAUUUUAUACUCGUAUGAUAAGCAUGAGUCACUCGCCUAUGGAACUGACUGGUGUUGUACAACUAGAAAUGAUACAAAUAGUAUUAAAAAUGACAUCAAUGCUAUCUUGAAAAAUUCACGUGUUGGCUGUUGCUCUUUUUAUGAUAAGUUUUUGACUGUUUUAACCAUAACAUAAAAAUGAAGUUUACGUUUGGCAUAGUAAAUAAAAUAUCAAUUUAAAGGUUUUCAUAAUAUAAUUAGUUAUAUUUUUAUACUGAAACUUAUAUCUGUAUACAUAUAACAAUGAUAAAUGAUAAAUCUAGUUUUUGCAGAGCCUACAUAUUCACGAAAGCCUGCAUUUUUAAUUCUUUAUUUCUACAUUCACUCUUUUGUACUCACCAUUUUGCAUGUACAUCACUCAUCAUCCAUAAUCAUCAUCAUUUACCAUCUUCUUCAUCUUCAUAUAACUUCAUCAUAAUCAUCAUCAAUAAGCCAUCAACAUUAUCCAUGUUUGUUUGAUUAGUGAAAAAAUACCCUUAAGGCUUUGCAUUUUUUUUAUUUUAUCCGAUAUUUAGUUUUAUCUAUAUUUAUAUUUUUUAUAGUGGUUGAUUUUAUAAAAACGAAAAGGUAGAGCACAUAAUGCGUGACUUUCUUAAGAAUUAGAGUGUCUGCCCCACUUUCAAAACCUUGAUGAAAUUAAAAGCCUUAAAUAAGUCUCCAGAGAAAAAGCCUUGAAAUGUCAUAUUUAUAAAAAUAGAGUAUUAUAUUUCUAUAUAAUGACGAUAUAAUUCUUUUCCAUUGAAGAGUCCUGAAGAGUUGACCUACCAUUAUAUAAAAAAUAUUAUCAAAUUUUAAUGAUUUAAUUUAAGGAAAAUAAAAACUUGAUAACAUAUUUAAAAAACUUAUUAGGGUGUCUGGUAAAUUUUUUAACUCUUGCCGACUAGUGGUGGCCUUCCGGUGGAGGAUUCGCCUCUAAAGCGAAAGGUCUUGGGUUCAAACUCCGACCGAGUCAUGCCUAUAAAAGUGUGAAUCGAUUCGACAAGAGAAUAGGAUUGAUAUCUUGCGUGGUUGUCUAGUUAAGCUGAAGUUUUGCUUGCACGCUUUUCGUACUUCUAAUGGGAGCUUUAAAAAGGGCCCCUUCGCAGGGCCCUUAUUGAUAAUAAUACAUUAUGAACUGAAGAGGCUAUCCUGGGUAAAUAAUAGUCAUAGUAAUAUAUGUAUAUUUAAUGUAAAAAUCCUUUUUUUCUGUUUUAGUUAAUGAUACCACGCACGCCAUUAAAGCACAUUUACCGAUUGCUUUUUAUAAAGAGGAUGAAAUUGUUUUACGCCUCCAGUGAAAGCAAUAAAGACGUUUUACUUGGCGUAUUGAAAAAAGAGCUGGGUGAAAAGGAGACGCUUUGGAACUAGCGUCAGGAACCGGUCAACAUGUUUCUUACUUCGCAAAACAUUUUCCCGGUUGGACAUGGCAGCCUACUGAUAUAACGAAAAAUCAUAUCGACAGUAUCGAGGAAUAUCGAAAAGAAUCAAAGCUUUCGAACAUUCGUCCAGCGUUAUAUGCUGACGCAAGCAAAAAUUACAAAGCAUGGCAUAAUGGCAGCUUUGUGGAAAACUCUUUUGAUUUUAUUUUAAAUGUUAACAUGAUCCAUAUUAGUCCGGUCGGUGUAACGGAAGGUUUAUUCUCCGCCGCAGGUGUUUUAUUGAAACCCGGAGGUAUAAUGAUAACAUAUGGCCCAUAUUCAGAAGAUGGAGUGUUGUCGCCUCAAAGUAACGUUAGAUUUGAUGAGAGUUUACGAGCACAAAAUUCACAAUAGGGAGUAAGAGAUGUUUGUUGGUUAAAAGAACUUGCAUCACAAAAUGGAAUUGUUUUGAAUAAAAAGGUUGAAGUGCCUAGUAACAAUAAAUGUCUUGUGUUUACAAAAACUGGUCCCUCUUAAUGAUUCAGUUUUUGCGCAUUUUUUUAGCUAGUAAUUGUCUUUUUAUGCACUAUCUCGCAACAAAUUGUCUUUUAUUGGCGCUACUUAUUACCGCCCUUAAAAAUGGGCGUACUUAAAAGUUUUGAAAUGAAUGUUGCAGCCUUUCUAAUUCAAAUUUUUUUGCGUCGGCAUUUUUUUGCCGACGCGAACCUUCAUUCUACAGUUUCGCGUCGGCAAUCACCCAUUUCACGUCAACGAAAUAAAUGUAGACGAAAAUUUUCUUUUUUAUGAUUCGCCUUGGCAAUCUGCAAUUUCACAUCGGCAAAAACGAUAUAUUUACGAUAGAUGCAAGGCAAUUGAAGGAUUCUAUAAAUUGCGAAGAAUAAAUUCGCCUCGUCAAAAUUUUGCCAACGUGAACUUGUUUUUUCAAACCACCUCCGCAUUUGUCGUGUGCCGACGUAAAUUAGAAAGGCUGAUAUUCACAUGUUUUGUUGUGUGGAUUAUACAAAUAUCUGAAAUUCUAAAAUUGUGAAGUUAUGAUCUUAUCAACAUUUGUUGCACGCUUGUCAACUAAAUGCGAUAUGUAGUCUCAGCUCUAAGUUGCUUGUUUUUUAAAUACGCCUAAAGGCCGGUUUCUAUUAGCAUAAAAAGGUUGAGCAGCAGUUGUACAAAAGUCAUUGUUAAGGUUGGUUCCCACUAAAGUCAGUAAUUUUCAUACAAUUGUUGUUGUAUUUACAAUAAAGUCAUAACGGCGACCGUUGUACAACUGUUACUAGACACUUUUAAAAUGGAAACCGACCUUUACAAUUUUGUUGGAGACACAUGUACAACAAAGUAACGUAGGAGAUGUUGCACAACGAAUGUUAUUGAGAUCGAAUCUUUUCCAUCUUUACAAGUUUCACAAAAACUGUUGUACGCCAAUUUGCGAAUGUUUGCGAUCAGAAAUAUUUUUUUGUCAUAUUUGCACAAAUCGUGAAAAUAAGUUACGAUUAAUUAUAAACUUUUAAUUUACGUUAAAAAUUUAAUUUGAAAACAGAAAUUAUACCGAAUUUGUCUUAUAUUAUUUUAUUUAUUUUCUAUUUAUUAUCUUAAUUUAUUUUUUUUAAUUCGCAAAAUUAAACAUAAACAUUUUUUCGGAUUGCAUAUUUAAAAUCCCGCGAAGAUUUCUAGAAAUAACAUAGGAUGCAUCAACAUGGUUUUAUCAAAACUGGAUGAUUUAGGAGACUGUAUAGCCACUAUUGUGUGUGUGUUGAAAGUCCUGAUUUUUCUUGAUUUUUUUAUGUGAGUUUACAAGUUUUUUUAUUAUCAUAAGAAGCCAAACAAAUGACCAGGUAGCUAGUAAAA